UUAAAUUAGUUUCUCAAGUGUAAUUACUCAAAAUAAAAAUUUAAUUACCUCAAAUGUCAAGCCAUCGAAGAAAUUCAGCUUACUGAAGUAAGACUGUAUUUCAAAACAGAUUUUGAAUCUUGUCCGAAACGGCGCGUAGUUUUUGAAUUGUCACACUGCCGUUACUUUUUCCAACUGGCCGAACGUGACGCAUUUCUUUGGCUUUAUUUCAAUGAAUAAAUCUCUUCGCCAGAUGCAGACUCUGUGGAAAUAAUUGCUAGUUUACAUACUCUCAUGUAAAUUGGCAUUUUCUGUGCGCCGUAAUGAUGGGAAACAUGCCAAUGACAUUGUUGUCAAACGCGAGUCGAACAUUAUGGCUGUGUAAAGCGAAUUUACAUAGACAAUGUGCGAUUUUUGUGGCCUGAAAAGAAAAGCGCAGAUUUUGCCAAUGGUCAAUUAAAAUACAUUCCCAUUUCCACACAGUGCUCACCAUUAUUUCCGCUCAGGCAAACUGCACUCCACUUCGAAACAAGUUUUUGUUGAUGUCUGGUUUAACCGAAACUAAAACCAAAACCAAAACAAAAACAGGUGCAACAACCGCCAGGCCAGCGGCAUUUUAUAUAAUGGUCAGUCUUAAAAAGGAGCAAUUUCGCACAUAGUUAAUAUGCAUUGCUAGCAUACUUUGGCUAGUACACAGCUUUUUCAAAAAAUUGUUAACUUUCUGUAAUUCCACUUAAAUGAAAAAUUCUUCCUGUAUCGUUUUAAAUAGAAUCGAUUGGCAGAACCGAUUUCUUGAGAACGUGCUAUCGAUACAAUUAGUUAUGCAUGAUAUUGUUUAGUGAUCUCAACUUAACUCGUUAUCGGAAAAUCUGGACAAAUUAUUUAAUUUCUACAACUAGAAAUUAUCUAUGAGACGUUAUGUAACAUUUAAUAUCCUUACAACACAUUCUCAACCAUACUUUUAUAAUUGUGCACAUCUUGAGUUUUCCCAUCCCUUGCUGCUUUCGAGCGAGUUGGCAGUGCUAACUUAGUAUGAGCCUAACUUGCGCGCGAUCAUGCCCAAGAAAUCAGUUGAUCUGGGACUUGGUGUCCGCAACGUCAAGGAAAAAUCCUCGGAAUUCAUAGUGGAGAAGUUUCUAGGGAAGCGCUAUCUGCGUGGACGACCCCAGUAUCUGACCAAGUGGGAGGGCUAUCCCGUGGAGCAGUGCACCUGGGAGCCCCUGGAGAACUUGGGCAAUUGCAUGACGCUGAUUGCGGAUUAUGAGGCGGAACUAUUCCAGCAGAGCCGGGAGAAAAAGAAUGACCAAUGACAUGGAAAAGAUUUAAAUACAAAUUAUUGUUCACAAAUAAAAGAUUAAUAGAUCGUAUUCCCAUUA